UGUAAGUAUAAGUAACUGGUAUGGUUCUACAAGUCUCCUAGCUCCUACUAGAACUAGUAGUUAUCGUGCCUGUUGUCGUUGUGUACAUUUUAUCGUAUUUCAUCGUCGUCGGAGGUGCAGUCUCAGUAUCUUUGUAGUGCCGAAGAAGCUUGCUCCACAUUGUAUCUUGAAGAAGUACCCAGUAUCCAAGGAGAUCCGCUGCUUUUCUGAGAUUAUUUUUACGUUCCAACUGUGUGUGUAAAAGUGAAACAGAAUGCAAAUGUAAAUUUUCCACCUUUUCGAGCAUACACCGAAAUCGAAGUUCGCAAAACGUCUUUCCAGUGUAGCUGCGGAUUCUUCUUUAUCCAGUGCUUGCCGUAGCCUUCGUGGACGGAGAAAUGACACAUGCUGCAGGAACAUCGACGAGUAGGGCGGCCACGAGCUGUGUUUCCCAGCUCUACUGCACAGCGACCCCAUUCGGGACGACACCGUUACCAUGCACGAAUGGCGUGGCUCCAGCUGUUGCCACCUUAUGUUCCGGUGCCCGCCACAACAUCAUGAUGAGACACACGACCACUACAUCUACAAGAACACCCAGGCACUUGUCAACGUCACCAAAUUGCCGCCCGACUACUACACCACGACGGAUCUGUUUUCAGCCACUCUUCAUCGUCGAUCACUCGCGGCAACCACAAGAACGACCUCCGCCCCACGUCGCCCAGAGUCACCGCGGGUUUGGGAAAUUGAGCGGAAGGUCAAAGAAUUCGUCCAUUUCCUCCAACGUGCACCAGUGGGUCCAGCGACAGAUGGCGGACCGGUACGUGAAGCGUGCCCAAAACGAGAGCUACCGGAUAUGGCGUUCUCAACUGUUACAUUCUCAACUCUUACAUGGAUUUGUGAUGCAAGAAUGGGAAAAGUGAAAGGGGGGAGAUUGCGCCUGUAGCAUUACAAAUUCUGCACACAUUUAGGUGCUAUUUAGCCCUAGGCAAAUUUGUCAUGCGAAGCAGCCUGAUCGCGUGAAUGAUGAUGGUGCUUUUGCUUGACAAAUUCAUCAUGUAACAGUUGAGAGUGUAACGUUUGAGAACCCCAUACCUCACGCGCGCGGCCUACAAGCUGAAGCAGAUCGACUCGCGGUUUGGCAUCUUCCGGAAGGGCCAGAAGAUCCUGGACCUGGGCUGCUACGCGGGGGGCUGGUCGCAGGUGGCGCUGGAGCGCACGGUGCUGGCGGACGACGCCGACGAAGAGGCGCGGAGGCACGCCCAGGUGAUUGGCGUGGACUUAUCGAAAGGAAAAAUCCCCCCUCCCCAUAUCAAAACGGAAUUUCUGAUGCUGGAUGUGUGUACACAAAUCAGGUUUGUAUUGCAGAGAGGCACUGCGGCCAGAUCCCCAGGCUAGGCAGGGGCGUAUGGGUCUAGUUCUUCAGCAUGGCAAGCGGGCCACUUUUAGGGCCAACAGCAUGACAAAUCGCCUCCCUAAUGGGGCGGAAGCUUCUACCCUUGUCUUAUUGCAAGACAAAUGCGAUUUGUGGCCUCAAAUCAGCAACACCCUCGUUAUCACCUCCAGGGCUACGUGCGACCCCUCCGACGCUGCGUGUGGAAGGAGGAAGUUCGGCGUGUUGGGGGUGAGGGACCCCCAACGAGGCCUACGGAUAUCAGGUGGAAUUAAGGCUCAAAUCAGCAACACAAAUUUUCGGAAACAUUCCGUUUCGAUAUGGGGAGGGGGGAUUUUUCCUUACGAUAGGACUUGCUGCACAUCGAUCCCUUGGACGACCAGUAUCCAAGGAAAAAAGUGUAUACAAUUUUUACACAUUUGUAGCGAAUUCAGCAUCACAAAUUUCAAUUUGCCUCGCAUGACGGAGAAAACUUGUGAUGGAGAGAUCAUAAAGCAAAACACACACGAAACGACACUCGCAAACAUUUUGCGCAUGACAGAAGUCGUCUGUCUUGCUGGUCUUGCAACGCAAUGUGUAACUGUGACACUUUUUUCUGUGCAUAACCAGGGGCACGUCUUUAUCCAGGGCGACGUCACGAAAGCGGACACGCUAUGAAUUGCAAAAGUAUCGUACUCGUAUAAAUGCAUUACAAAUUUCCUCAGCAUGAGAAAUAAGAUGAAGAUCUGUGAUGCUGAUUUACCUUCAGGCUCAGAAAAAGAUUUGUGAUUCAUGAUUGCAAAACGAGUACGAUACUUUUGCACAGGAUACACGCUGGAGAAGAUCCUGCGGGCCACCAACGGCGAGAAGGUGGACGUGGUGCUGUCCGACAUGUGUCCCAGCCUCACCGGCGUGAAGCAGGACGACCACCUGGAUUCCGCUAUCCUGAGCAAAAACGUCCCCACCCCAUAGUCAAGUUGGUAAAUCUGCAACACAAAUCGCCAAGCUUUGGGAGUUGUGCAUGAUAAGUUUCCGUCUGUAGUAUAGUGGUGCUUAGCAAGGAGAGCCGCAUAAGAAAGCCAGUUUCUCAUCCUGUUUACAGCAUUACAAAUGCCAAAUCACGAUUGGAAAUGCCUCUCAUGGGGAUGCGCAUUACAAAUGUUCCUGUCAUUGCGCAUUUGCAUUACAACUCUGGGGUGGGGACGUUUUUACUUAGGAUAUCCGCGGAGCUCUGCCUCGCGGCGGGCGAAAUGAUGGAGCGCGUGCUGCGGCUAUCGUAUUUGAAAACGUCCCCACCCCAUAGUUGCAAUGCAAAUCUGCAUGCUGAAAAUGUUUCUCAUGCGGAGCCCCAUGAGAAGCGUUUGCUAUUCGUGUUUUGCAAUUUGUCAUGCUCCAAUCCGCAUGAGGCGCUAGAUCUGUGAUGCUGCUGAGCUAGCUCAAACAGCACUACACUACGAAUCGCAAUUUGUCAUGCAAGACAGCCAAAACUUGUGGAUUUGUCUAGCCGAUUCCCCAUCUUGACUAUGGGGCGAGGACGUUUUUACAUAGGAUAGCGGCUGGACGGCAGCUUCGUGGUGAAAAUGAUGUACGGCCCGGAAACCACCAACUUCAAAAUGUACCUGCGCUCGCGCUUCAAAACGGUGCACUCCUUCAAACCGCCCGCGAGCCGCGACGAGUCGCGGGAGAUGUUCUUCGUCUGCAGCAAAUUUGUCGGCCGGGAAAGCAUUGCCGCGGCGGUGCAGACGCUGCCGGGAUACCAACCGGACAAACUGAAAUACAACUCGAUGUACUAGCGCUGCGUCCAGGUACUGAAGAUUGUCGCCUCGCGCUAGGAUCAAGCUCCCUCGAUUUCCGACAGAUUUUGUCGGAGUAGCGCCGUCAGUUCCGACAAACUUUGUCGAACCACCUGCGGCAGAUCUAACGAUCAGUUGUAUGUAAUGAGGUCACCAAGACCAAACGGCUACGGCUCUAAACGUGGCAGCUCCUUUCAUCUUGCCGUUAUCCGGCAGAAACAGCCGGCCAUUUCUAUCUAAAGCCCAUAGCGCGUUUUUCAACAUGAAAUAAAACAUUAUAGAAGCGCUCCAACGCUAACCUGAUUGGGUUUGUCGUGAAACAGACCCCCCUGCAUUCUAU